AUGCUUUGGUCGAAGAUCACCUCCUUCGCGGGACUUUGUUCCCUUGUCGCAAUUGACACAGCUUCUGCACAGACAAAAUAUAAUGUUCAGAAGCCUCCGCUCGACACAGAUUGGACCUAUAAACUCGGCACGAACCCUUGGCCGGAACACCCCCGACCUCAGCUUAAACGUGAAGCUUGGAAGAGUCUCAACGGCAUCUGGACGUGGAGAGGAGACGGUGACCUCAGCAAUCCUCCGGAAGAAGGGCCUCUAGAUCGUGAGGUUCUAGUUCCCGCAUGUAUCGAGAGCGCUCUGUCGGGACUGCAGAUUCUCGAUGAGCGGCAAUUCUGGUACCAGCGAUCUUUUGAGGUGUCCGAUGACUGGGAGGAUAAGACCGUUUUGCUUCAUUUCGAGGCUGUUGACUACAAUUCGACUGUGUUUGUGAACGGAGAGGAAAAGACGACACACAUCGGUGGUUACGACAGAUUUACAAUUGAUAUCACCGACAACGUCAAGUUCGGCGAGUCUAAUGAGCUACUUGUCUUUGUGAAUGACCCAACAGAUGACCAGGUCAUUCCCAUCGGCAAACAGACUCUGCGACCCAGUCACAUCUUCUACCGCUCGUGCUCGGGUAUCUGGCAGCAAGUAUGGCUCGAGGCUGUUCCCAAGGACUACAUCACUGAGCUCGAUGUUUCAGCUAAUGCAGACGGCAAAGUAUCUGUAACAGUCCACACAUCGCAAAACUCUAGCAGCCCCGCCAAAGUAGUGAUUCAAGGCUUGAAUGAAGAAGACCUGGCAUCCCACGAUGGAACAACUAAUGAAGAAUUCACUUUCACUGCCAAGUCACCUAAGCUAUGGUGGCCUGACUCCCCAACGCUUUACAAUCUCACCGUAACGCUCGACAGCGGGGAUAAGGUACAGAGUUACACGGGCUUCCGAACCAUUUCCAAAGGUAAAGUUGAGAACGUCACUCGGCCACUGCUGAACGGGGAGUUUGUGUUCCAGUUUGGAACCCUCGAUCAGGGAUUUUGGCCUGAUGGCUUGUACACGCCGCCGAACCGAGAGGCCAUGAUUUCUGAUUUGGAGCUUUUGAAAAAGCUAGGCUUCAACAUGGUUCGAAAACAUAUCAAAUAUGAGCCUCAUCUGUUCUACCAGGCCUGUGACCAGCUUGGCCUUCUUGUUAUCCAAGACAUGCCCAGCCUGCCAGCUGACGGCCAGCGCAAACCAAACGAUGCGGAACAAGCCGAAUUCAAGCGACAGCUUGAGAUUCUGGUCAAACAGCAUAAGAACUACCCCUCAAUCGUUACAUGGGUCAUUUAUAAUGAAGGCUGGGGCCAGCGAGACGGGGAACCUGAGAAAGACUUGACGGAAGUGGUGCGUAAGCUCGACAAGUCCAGACUCAUCAACUCUGUCAGCGGAUGGAACGAUCACGGAUAUGGCGACUUUCAUGACAACCAUAACUAUGCUGCUCCUCAAUGCGGAACGCCGUUUUACUCCAGGCCCAAGACGCCUUAUGAUCCUGAGCGUAUUGGCAUUGCUGGCGAGUACGGCGGAAUCGGUCAUAAUGUCUCGAUCGAGCAUCUUUGGAAUGUGAAACAGGCGAUCGACAGCAUCCCAGAAACAUACGAAAUCAAUGAGAAUCUUGAUUCGUACCACUACCGAUCUGGAGUUCUAUUUCGCGACAUCCGCGAGCAGACACAGCGCUUCGCUUGUAGUGGUGCUGUUUAUACCCAGACUAGUGAUGUUGAAGGCGAGGUCAACGGUUUGAUUACCUAUGAUCGUCGUUUCGUGCGGCCUGAAGUUGAGAAAUGGCAGAGUGAGAUUGCGAGUGUGUAUAAGGCAGCUGCUUCGAGAGGUGGACGAGAGUCUGGUGAUAAGGGGAAGGCUGCGGCUGGAUCUUUACUAGAUCUUUAA